AUGGAAUGUAGUACGGCUGCACUCAUCACUUCAGCUCAUUUUAUAGCUGCCUGCUAUAUAUUUCUCUGUCUGUUUGCCUUAGGAACCUGUACAAAUGAUUGUCCACAUGAUGAACAAGUAAACAAUACACCUAAGUACCUCACAUCUUACGGAUAUCCAAACAUGUAUAAACGAAAUAAAGACUGUUAUUGGAGGUUGACUUCGACGAAUCCAAACAAAAAGGUUAAGAUACAAAUACUGGAUAUUGAUAUUGAAUACGACCAGUUAUGCGAGUUCGAUUAUCUGGAAAUAUAUGAUGGUUACAAUGACAGGAGCCCAUCCUUUGGAAAGUUCUGCGGGAAAGAAACCUUCACGAUUGUCAGUUCUGGAAUGUACUUAUAUUUCUAUUUUCAUACGGAUGAUGAAAUUAAUGGAGAAGGGUUCAAAUUUAAAUACAAGACAGUAGAUUUUAGUACAGUCAGUAGCAGCUAUCCACCCCCUCUGGAUAAAGAUGAAAAGGAUAGACCAUUUGGCGGUGCUAAACUCUCAACGUUAGUGGGCGGAUUGCUAGGAGGUUUGUGUUUAUUAGUAGUCGUUACAGCUGUCUGCUGUAUGUGUUCUACGAGGAUUUGUCGACGAUGUCGUCUUAGAAACAAUGGACGUCAACGAACGUCGGUAUCCCCUCAUUCUAGUGUGGUAGAGAUUCCCCAACGCAAUCGGCCACGUCGAUCGUCGCCACCUACGAUAUCACAAUACAAUACCAGACGUGCUAAUAAUAAUAUAUGGAGUACAGAACAGAACUUUCCAAUGGUGCCUAUUAAUCCACCUCCGUAUAGUGAAACAGAGAAUCAGCCAGUGUACUUAGUUCACGGAGUUCCUGGAUACAAUUCAUACUUCCCUCCGUCCUCACCGCCUCCUACAUAUUCUUGUGGGCUAAGUUCGGAUUCUAAUCCCCCAGCAUAUGAUGAUGAUAGAAAUUCGCCGCCUAACUACGUUCCGGAUGAGGAAAAUCCACCACGUUACUAA